AGGAUAGGGGUUGCUAUGGUAACAGAGCUUCCUGAUAGACAGGGUGUGUGUGUGUACGUGUGUGUGUGUACGUGCCAUCAUCCUCGUAUCAGCUGCACUUUAAGCCUGAGCGCCGGCGGAACUCACACACAAGCUCCCUCACUCCCGGUCUCUCAGCGUCACCUCCACUCCGACUCAGCUCAGAAAAUGGUGACUGGAGGAUUUGUGCAGAUGCUCCGCAAGAGAAAGGAGCUCAUCCCUCUCAUUGGUUUCAUGGCAUUUGCAGCGACUGGAGCCACGUCUGCCUGCCUCUACUUCCUGUUCACCAAAACAGAUGUCAUUUUGAACAAAACCUCAAACCCUGAGCCCUGGGAGAGACUCGACCCGACCAAACCUCAAAAGCUUAUCACAAUUAAUCAGCAGUGGAAGCCGGUGGAGGAGUUGGAGCUGGUGAAGAAAUUGACCAAAUAAAGUCAUCAUCUCGUGUGUUAUGUGUGUGUGUGUGUGUGUGUGUGUGUGUGUGUGUGUAUAUAUAUAAAGGUAUAUGAAUUUGUAGGUGUUCUGACAUGAAAUAAAUCCGUACUGAAUAAAUCCGUACUGACGCUGAAGUGUGGUGUCUCAGCGCUGCACUCAGGCUUUAUUCUUUUAUUGAUGUAUUUAUUGUGAUGAAUGUAAAUCAGAUGAUUAUUACAGCACUGAACUCUGACCUGCUGCAGUGAUCAUGUGACUCCUCACUGUGGGAUUAAGGUGGUGAUCAAACACCUGCUGAACUUUUGUAACUCUGCUGUGUGAAAUAAUAAAAUGUGAAUAAAAUCCAACUGAA